UUCUUGUUUCCAGACACCGUUUUGUUCUUUUAUUGUUACGCGAUUUGCACCUUUUUUUCUUUUCCUUUUCUAUACCAUAACUACUACAUAAAUAACUCAGUGCGUGUGAACAGGGAUCAUCCCAACCUGUCUAUUCCUAUCGGCAACUAUAUCGGUGUCAAUAAAAUAGUAUUCGCAAAUGUAACGGUAGCAAAACCGAUCGAACCCUAAAACGGUUCUAGGGUUUCUGAAGAAGCCACGUCGUGGCCCGUAGCAAAAGUUUCUCUUCAAUUUGAGUAUACUCAAACCUCUCGAAUAGUUACAAGAUGGAUCAUCAUGUAGAAAAAAUGAACCAAGGCGGUAGUUCACCGGAUACACUGAUUGGCCGAUCUUCACCUGAAGAAGAUCGAAAACGUCAAAUGACAAGUUUCUCUGCUGAGAAUCUUAAUACUGCAGCAGCCACUGGAGAAAGUAGUUCAAGUUUAGAAACCAUUGUUGGUGUUGGAAUGGAGGCCAAGAAAAAGGGUAGAUUCGGCUCAUUGAAAAGCAGUUUUCGUAAAGAAGGUGGUUUAUUUAAAAUGAAGAAAAAAAAGAAGAAGCAUUUUGAAGCAGAACCUUCCACUCAAUAUCCUCAGAGUGAACAGAGCACGAAAGCCGACAUACAAAUUAAUGUCUCCCUCGUUCCUUUUCUUGCUUUUGCACCUCAUUUGAUCGAUGAUGAUGAUGAAGGCUCUCAGAAAAUAUUUCCAGACGAUAAAAAGAACCAACAGCAACAAAUUCAGCCUGAAGGCAUUAGCAGUAAGGUGAAGCAAAAAAAACCAAGAAAAACGCAUUCAUUGGUACGAAAAUUGAGUUUCAACAAGUUUGGAAUGUCUCCGGAACCAGAGCCGAGACAUACACCCGAGGGUGGUGAUAGUAGUCGAUCUUUGAGUCAAUCGUCUCAAGAGUCAACGAGUCGCUUGGAUAGUUCACCGACGAUGACCCCAAGGAAGGAGUCAGAUCAUGAAAAGUGGUCAACAUGGUCGUUACCAGGAGCGACACAGCAGAGGUCCACUGCAGUGAACGAGGACGAGGACGCUAAGAAGGUGGACGCAAGAAAGCAGAGAGAGGGCAAAAAAGGGGAAGAACAAGCCGCGAUCCAGCAGAAAUCUGAGAACUUGAUCGAGAAACCUGUGAGCACUAUCACUGUAGUGCAACGCAAGUCGCCAUCGUUAACUAUCAAAAUCAGCAACUUACACGAGCGAACACUCAAAUUACAGCAAAACGACCCUCCAAAUCCGGAAAAGCACCUUCAGACGGUACCGGAAGUAUUCUCGACAGUUCCCCGCCGCGCGAUAUCAGAUCGACCGGAUGAAUCUUCUGCUCACGAGAGUCAUGAGGUGUCCAAGAAGGCAAAACUCGCGAUUAAAUCUGAAUCGGAAUCCUGCCCUGCAUCCGCCGCAUCGAAGACGUCGCCGCUGGAGCCGCGUCGGAAAUCACUUUUGGAGGAAAAACGUGCAAUUUUCCAGCGGCGUCGCUUCGAUUCAUCAUCGAGUACAUCUGAUGAUACCAUGAUCGCUGUCACAGUAGACGAGGACACGACAAGAAGGAACCUCCUAGAACCAGAGCAUCGUGAGCAGAAAAGUAGAAAGACAGCGAGACACAUCAGCGUUCGUAAAUUUGACACAUUCUCAACAUUCGAAGGUACAUUCGACGAGGAUACGGGCGUUGGAUAUCUAGCUGGCAUCGAGGAGGACUAUCGCGAAAGCUGCGAGAAGCAGGCUGACGAUCUCGCCAAUUUGCAAGAAGACAUGGCACAUGCCAUCUCCGAAAACCCUGAGAAAUCCAGAUCCGUUAGCCAGGAGAGUGCGUCGUCGCAAAAUAAUGUGCCGAGUUCUGGAUUGGGAGAGAAACGAGAACAUUUGUACAAAAUUUUGGUAAUUGGAGAACUUGGCGCUGGAAAAACAUCUAUAAUCAAAAGAUAUGUUCAUCAAUUUUUCUCACAACAUUACAGAGCGACAAUUGGUGUCGAUUUUGCACUUAAAGUUCUUAAUUGGGAUCCACAUACAAUUAUCAGAUUACAAUUAUGGGAUAUCGCAGGACAAGAGAGAUUUGGAAAUAUGACAAGGGUAUAUUACAAAGAAGCAGUUGGAGCAUUUAUUGUUUUCGAUGUAACGAGAAGUGCAACAUUAGAAGCUGUUGUAAAAUGGAAACAGGAUCUGGACUCUAAAGUUCAACUUCCUGAUGGUUCGCCAAUACCUUGUGUUCUUUUAGCGAAUAAAUGUGAUCAACAAAAAGAGGGAAUGGUUAAUACUCCUGCAAAAAUGGACGAAUACUGCAAAGAGAAAAACUUUGCUGGAUGGUUUGAAACAUCGGCUAAAGAAAAUAUUAAUAUUGAAGAAGCUGCUCGAUUCCUCGUCAAUAAAAUACUCCAAAACGAUCAAAUUAUAAAAGGUUCCGGAUCUCAGGAUCAAACUGAUGGCGAGAGAUUUGCUUUGAAUCAAUCUCCAACGAGUUCAAAAAAAUCUUGCGCCUGCUGACGAAACUGUCUUGACAGUGAAUUCUUUCUUCAUCGCAAAACGUCCUUGUAUUUUAUUAUUUGAAACUGUUUAAUAAGCCGAUAUAAUGAGCCACAACUAAUUUGCAUCUACUCAACGAUUAUAAUUACACCAUCCAUGUACUUAUGUAUAUAUAUUUAUAUAUAUAUACACGCAUCUAGGGUCAAAUUAGAAUAUACGUUUGUAUAUGUAAACAUAUACUUACGUAUUCUUCUCGGUACAAAUAAUUUACUUUCGUUUCAUGUGCCAGUUAGUCAUAUUUAAUUAAUAAAAAUAUCAAUUGUUACUGACCUAUUUUUAAAAGAAAAAUUCAAAUAACUUUUUUUAAAUUGAAAUAUUUUAUAUUUAUAUAUAACAGCUGAAAAAGAAAAAAAUCUACACAAUUCCAUUCAAAGGUGCCUUAAAUUCUUUCAAUAUUGACUUUUUAAUGUAAUAUUUAUGCAAAAAAAAGUAAGUUUCAAAUUCAAAAAUAAUCAACGGAUUCUACAUUUUAGAUGUUUUUAAUUAAGUACAUUUGCGUGUAACAUUCCAUGUAAUUUUUAAGAAUAUUUGUAUAUGUAAAAUGAAGGAUGGUGGUGGGUUAAGUAAGUGCCAUUCGUCCGAGCAUAAUUUAUAAUCACGUGAAGAUCAAGUCACGAAAAAUUUUAAUCACUUCCUGUAUAUUUAUAACGAAGAAAGUUCCACUUCUUAUACGACUGGCAAUAAUUCAAACUGAAAUGUAUAUUUAUUUACUUCUAUAUUAUAUAAGCGUGAAAAUUAUAGCAUUUGAAAAAUUCGGAAAUUCGAAUUUAUUGCGACAAAUUCACAACUGUUGAAAACGAAUUCCAAAAUUCAACAUUUUUUUAUAAUUAAAAAAAUGUUUUUUAAUCAUUUAAAAAAAGAAUAUGUUAAUUAAAAUUUUUAUCUUACGUUUUUUUUUACUAUUUACAAUUUUAUGUUUUUAUUAUAUUCAUAUUUAUUAUUUUAAUAGAAGGUUGAAUUUAUGACAUUCCGAUAAAAAUAAUUUAUAUAAAUUCGUAAAUCUGGAUUUUCUUUGUCUGUUAUGACUCUUUUAACUUGAUAUUAAGAUAAAUGACUUAAGGAGACUUAUAUUGUUAAGAUUAACCUUUACAUAAUUAUUAAUUUGAUUGUUCUUUCGACGAUUAAUUUUAAAUUGAAAAUCGAAUCAUUGUUAAUAAAGAAAGCUUUUAGACUCGAGAAAUAUACGUAUAUAUAUUAAAACGCUGUAUUAUUAUGUAAGAUAGCGGAGUCUGUAAAUAAUUGAGACGUUUUAUCUGUCUUUUUUUUUUCUCUCUCUCUCUCUCUCUCUUUCACUGAUAAAAAGAAAAAUUCCUGUAGAACAUUUUCACUUUUAUAAGCAGUAUACGAAAACAGUGAAGUAUUUAGAAUGGUAGAAUCCUGAGUGUAUUUUGUUCCUUUAACUAUAUGCGGUCGACGUAAUUUUACUCAUUUGACAUAUUGUAUAGGCGCAAUAUUAAAUUAUAUUCAAUUGUUA